AUGCAACCAAAUGUCUCCUUUUUUGCAGAACGUUUCUUUGCACUGUUUGAUUCCGAUGGGAGUGGUACAAUUAGUCUGGAUGAGUUACUGAAGGCGUUGAACCUUCUCAUACAUGGGAAUGAAACUGACAAACUACGCUUCCUCUUUCAAGUUUAUGACGUUGAUGGCAGUGGGUCAAUUGACCCAGAUGAGUUACGCACAGUGCUGAAGUCAUGUUUGUUGGAGAAUGCCAUAUCGCUUCCAGAGGAGAAGCUGGAUGACCUGACACUGGUGCUUUUUGAGUCUGCUGACAAGGACAAUAGUGGCUCCAUCACAUUCCAGGAGUUGAGGGAGGAGCUGGAGCGGUUCCCAGAGGUCAUGGAGAAUUUAACAAUAAGUGCCGCAAACUGGCUGAAGCCACCAACCGUGGAGAAGAAGAGACAAACACCUCGCUAUCUGACACCAGCUUACUGGCAUAACAACCGCAGCAAGCUGCUGUUCAUGUGCACCUACUGGUGUGUGAACAUUCUGCUCUUUAUACAUGCAGCUGUCAUUCAUGCCCAUCUUGGAGGCUGGAUCAUGGUGGCAAAGGGCUGUGGACAAUGUCUGAACUUUAACUGCACUUUUAUUGUGGUGCUGAUGCUUCGUAGGUGUUUGACGUGGCUGCGUGCUACUUGUGUUGUGCGCUUCCUGCCUCUGGAUCAGAAUGUUGUCCUGCAUGAGCUGGUGGGUUAUGCUAUCUUUGCUCUGACAAUCGUUCACACUGCUGCUCAUGUCAUAAAUUUCGAUUUAAUCCUGUGUUCUGUUUAUUUUUCAGUUAAUAUGACCUCAAACUAUGGCACGUAUAGUUUUUGGGAAUAUUUUCUCACCUUGCGCCCUGGUAUCGGCUGGGUUUAUGGCUCUGCAUCCAUUACAGGGAUCCUCCUGACACUUCUCAUCUGCCUGACCAUCGUAUGUUCCAGCACUUUUGUCAGGAAAGGUGGUCACUUUGAGGUUUUCUACUGGACGCAUCUAUCUUACAUCUGGAUUUGGAUUCUACUAUUUCUCCACACACCCAAGUUCUGGAAGUGGUUUUUAGUCCCAGGGCUCUUGUUUAUGCUGGAGAAAUUUCUCGGAGCAGCCAUUUCACGCAUUGGUGGAUUGUACGUUGUGGAGGUGAACCUGCUGCCUUCCAAGGUGACACAUCUUGUCAUAAAGAGGCCACCAUCCUUCCAGUAUAAGCCUGGUGACUUUGUAUAUCUGAAUAUACCAAUUAUUGCAAAGUAUGAGUGGCAUCCUUUCACGAUCAGUAGUGCUCCUGAGCAGGCAGACACUCUGUGGCUACACAUUCGCUCUCUCGGACAGUGGACAAAUAGUUUGUAUGAAUAUUUUCGCCAGCCAGAGAACACGAAUGAUGAACCAAAAAGACUGACUAACAAUCUGAAGAAGAGGAAAUUUCAAAGCCAGGAACACCUUUUCAGCUUGUUUGAUUCCAGUGGAGCAAUUGCCACCAAUAAGGAUGACCAAAUUGAGUUGACUGCAUACAGACCACGCAAGCACCCAACAGGAGAUGAGAUCAGAGUUAGCCUAAGUGGAGCAGAAAGUCGAGAGGUACCCUUCAAGGUCCAUGACAACCACAUGCUGUGCAACAUAAAGUGUUAUAUUGACGGACCUUAUGGAACUCCAACCCGUCGCAUUUUUACCUCAGAGCAUGCUGUACUAAUUGGCGCAGGAAUUGGGAUCACUCCUUUUGCUUCAAUUCUGCAGAGCAUUAUGUACAGGUAUCGGAUGAGAAAACAGAACUGCCCAAGCUGCAAAUACUCAUGGUGUGAGACUCUUAAGGAUGAUGAUAUGAAGUUGAGAAAGGUGGACUUUAUCUGGAUAAACAGAGAUCAGAAGUUUUUUGAGUGGUUUGUAAGCCUACUAACCAAGCUUGAGCUGGACCAAGCUGAUGAAGAACCUGAAGGUAGAUUCUUGGAGAUGCACAUGUAUAUGACAUCAGCUCUCAGUAUGAAUGACAUGAAAGCCAUUGGGCUUCAGAUGGCUUUAGAUCUUUUGGCAGAGAAGGAAGAACGAGAUUCUAUUACUGGACUGAGGACCAGAACACAACCAGGGAGGCCAGACUGGAACAAGGUGUUCCAGAAAAUAGAGCAAGAAAUAAAAGGCAAGGUACAGGUGUUCUUUUGUGGCUCUCCAGCCCUGGCCAAAGUUAUUAAGGCGAAGUGUGAACAAUUCAAUUUCAAAUUCUUCAAAGAAAACUUCUAGAAAUUUGUCUGGUAAAUUAAUCAGCUUCCUCAUAUGAAAAAUGUUGUUAUUCAGUUGCAACAAAAGAAGAUUAAACUAAUUUAAUGUAA